CAUGAACAACUUCGCCCCGCCAUCAUCGACAGUUGGCUAAAGCUCGUUCCCUCCAUUGCUCUCGACAUCUCCUUCCAUGUCCACUACGAUUCACUUCCCUUAAAAAGAAUGAGCAUAGCAUCACCAGAGCUAAGAAUAGAAUCAACUACAGAGAUGGACAAGUCUUCUAGCACCGACCAGGGGAAUAGAGUUGACGAGGAUGAGACUGAUGAUAUCCAACUCCGAGUUGGAAGACCGGAGAAAUCGGGUUCAUUUUCAGAUGAAGAAACCGAAGACCAAGAGGAUAACCCAAUGACAGAUGAUGCUCUAGAGGCGCGAAAAUACUAUAUCAUAAGGCACAGCGAUGGCCUUGUCAUCGCUCAGUGGAAGAACGCGCACCAAAGCCUGGCAUUUCCCGAGCAUAGGACCACUAAAGAAAUGCUAGAAGAAGUCAAAUACGGCCCUGGGUACAUAGAUUUGGCUCAUCACCAUGGCCAACGAUUCACUCUUCCCUGGGAGCUGGGCCGCAAGUGGAUUUGGAUGAAAGAUAUCAUCAAACUCACCUACGGAUCUGACGAAUCGGCAAAAAGGAGCAUCGAAAGCGGAGAUUUUGAACUUCGAAGAGAAAAUUUCAUAAUUCUUCCGGAGCUUUGGGACAAGCUCAUUGAAAAAUGGGACAUGAUUACGAUCAAGCUCAAACCCCAAGGAAGCUCAAAUCCGCCUCAAAGUUCUGAACAGAUGUCAGGAUCGAAUGCAAUGCUGAAAACUGACUCAUUCUUCGAAGAAACGACAUCCCAGGAACUAAAAAUUUCGGCAAACGAUGAUUCCAAGGUCGUGAAGUACACAGUCGACUUUCUUCGUCCUGGAAUGUUUGGACAACAUCCUGAAGCCCUGUCAAGUAAAACGUAUGAGCAUCCAGUUGUAGUUGAAAAACGGAGCUCUCACGGAAAAGCGGUACCAAUACUGGAAGAAAUCAAUUCUAUUGAACUUGGCUCGCGGAGGAACGGCGUACCGAAAUUGUCUGCAGACAAAAAUUUAAUCAUCGGUAAAGAUGACACAGUCAAACCAAAGAAACUCUGUAUCAACUCUCCACUACUUCUCAAUGCGCUCCGAUCGGUAGUCAAGUAUUCUUCCUUCAUAUCAUUGAAGGAGGAUUCUGAUAGUCUUAUGAGCGGACAGUUUCCAUUUCCUUUCCAUGAUCUCUAUCACCAUCGGGAUGAGCUGUUCAACCUAAGAAACAAUACAGAAGGGAGCAGAGCCAAUCACACACCCGAAUACAACGAAGAAUGCGACCAACACAUUGACUUACUAGUCAAGUAUCUGGAUGACGAGCCGACCGUUCGGAUUAUCUCAGUCAAGAGACGUUGGGCUCAAAAGGUGCCCACGACAACAUUUUCAAGUUUCUGGCUUCUUAUGAAGCCAGGAUCUGAUGUUUAUGUUCAAGAAUAUGGGCAGCUGAACGCCUAUGUCGUGGAAAAGGUAGAGGGUGGAUUGACCUAUAGUGGAGGGCCGAUCUCUGCACGAAGGUACGGCAUCACUGUCUGGAAUUUGAUCUUCAAUGGUUCAGUGAUCAAACGAAGCAGCAAGGUUGUAGAUGUUUCUGAAUUCGAUGGCGAGCGUAACAUCGUAUCGCUGCCAUUGUUUCCAGUUAGCUUUCAAGAUAGGCUUGAUGGGGGUGCAUUGAGAAAGCAUUUAAUAGAAAGAGGGAAUAAGUUUUUCCGCUUAACACAGGGGCCUAGUUUCCAGGAAUACACAGGAAGUGGUCUGCGUUCAGAGCGGAAGAAGUACCGACGUGCUAGGGUAGUGGUAGAACAUCAAUCAUUGCCAUGGACUCGGCUGAGGAAGACUUCGCUCCCAUCUCCAUACUGGUAUUCGUUCGAUAAAAGCACUCCUGAUACCUAUCAAGAUAAUGAUAACGACCUGUCACUGCCUCGCCCACCGCGCCGCGCUUAUGCGCCUUCUGGUCAUGGCGCUAUAGGGCAUCAAGCUAGAGCCCCAAGGUGUGAAUGCUCUCGGUGCAGGGAAGCCAGUGAGCUUAAUGGGACUUAUAUUGUACCAGUGUUUAGCGAAUAUGACUCGAUAAGCCCGUUUCGUGCGAAUGGUUUGUCUGAACAUCAAGCUCUGAUUUGUAUGUCACACAUGUUUAGCUUCAUCCUAAAGGACCGUACAUAUGACAUAAUCAACUUGGAUCACUUGACUGAACCGACGUUCGCUCACAGUGCCAUUGAUGAGCUUGUUUUACGCCCACCGGAGAACAAGGAUAUCAUCAAAGCCAUAGCCAGAACUUACACCGAGAGCGAUAGUCAAGAAGAUCUCUUUGGCGUUGAUUUCAUACGCGGAAAAGGCGAGGGUCAAAUCUUUCUUCUGCACGGUCCACCUGGGACCGGUAAAACAUUGACAGCUGAAUCUGUUGCAGAAUACACAAAGCGCCCAUUAUUAAGCAUCACUGCAGCUGAUUUAGGUCACGUGCCAGAGAUAUUGGAAUUGAACCUUUUGCGUUUCUUCGAACAUGCAACAAGUUGGGAUGCAAUUGUGCUACUAGAUGAGGCUGACGUCUAUUUGGAACGCCGAUCAGCUGACAACCUCAAGCGCAAUAGCAUUGUUUCUGUAUUCCUACGUGCAAUGGACUACUUCGAAGGCAUUCUAUUCUUGACCACGAAUCGUAUAGGCCAAUUCGACGAGGCUUUCCUGUCUAGGAUACACGUCGCGAUCGGCUAUGAUCCCUUAGACGACGCGGCCAAGGGUCAAAUUUGGGAGACCUUCUUCGGGAAACUGGAUAGCAAUCACGAAAACGGAGGUCCAAAAAUGGAUUACGCUUAUCGAGCCAAAGAAUACGCUCGGGAUAGCGACGCAGUUCGGAAUUUGCGAUGGAAUGGUCGUGAAAUACGAAAUGCUUUCCAAACCGCUGUCGCACUAGCGGUCGCUGAUUCCAAAGCUGCAAAGGCGAAAGGACGUCCUGAAUCGGAAUGCAUACCCAGGAUAACAGAGGCUCACAUGCGUCAGGUCGUGGGAAUGUCCGGAGCUUUCAGGCAGUAUAUGAAGACAACGCAUGGGAACAUGGAAGAAUCUGAACGUGCCUUUUUCUUAGGCAACCGUGCCGAUAGAACUGAGAAUGAUAAAUUAUAG